UAUUGUUUACAUCCAUGGUGGUGGAUCCCCCUUUCUUGUUCCUCUCCUCUCUGCACCAUUUUCCCCCAAACCCUCGCUAAAGAAUCACUGAGCUUCAACAUCUGCCUCCAAUGGCCUUUCAUCUCCACCGGACCCAUCUUCCCGAUGCCUGUUGCUGCGGCUGCGGCUGCGGCUGCGGCUCCGGCUCCGGCGGGCUCACCAAUCCCUGUUUCCAAACCCACCACCACUGUCCUCCUCCGCCGUCCGACCCCCUACUUCAAGCCGUUGCUUCUCAAAUCCUUCAAUCCGCGCAAUUGCAGCACUCCUCCCAUUACCCAGGUCUUCGUACCCACAAAUUUCAAUCGCAUUACCAAUUUCAGCCUCUCAAUUCCCAAACUCAGAAGCGCCUUCGUGAACAAGAGCUUCCCCAAGCCAUUCCCCACUCUACCGUCUCCUCCCUUCUCUCCCGCAUCGACGCCCUUGAAUCGUCUCUCCACGGAGUUUCUGCUUCUCGUGCUCCUUCGCAAUCUCUCCGGCACGUUGCUGCCAGUAUAAUCCAGACCCACUUUCGAGCGUUCCUUGUUCGUAGAUCGAGAACACUUAGGCAGCUUAAAGACCUCGCGAUCAUCAAGUCUAGCUUUGAAUCUCUCAGGCCCUCACUUUGCAAUGGAUUUCACGUUGAUCACAACGCCAUUUCUCUCGUUAUUAUGGAUUUGCUGCUCGAUCUCGAUUCCAUUCAGGGUAAUGACCCAAUGGUCAGAGAUAGCAAGAAGGCCGUAAGCAGGGAUUUGGUUCAGUUUUUGGAUCAGAUCGAUAACUUCACUGUGAAGAGACACGGGCUUCCAGUCAAGGCAAUGAAAAAUUUGAGGUUAGGUCAAAAUGUCAGUAAAUCUAGGGUUUCUAAUCCUAAACUUGGAAGCCAUGGGAAUCAGAAGGAGACGAUAGAUAAAUUAAAGAGUAGGGUUGAAAAGAUUUGUGAGCGUUCGAGAAUUUUCGAGGAUGAUGGCAAAGAUAUGAAUCUUAGAAGGUUUCACCAUGUUGGUGGUGAUGGUGAUGAGGAGGAGGAGGAGGAGGAAUCCCCAAGUCGAACUCGAAGUCGGAUUCUUGCAAAAGGCCAUAGAAGUCAACCUAGAGUGAAGAAAAGUGUUAGCUUUGCAGAGAAUGGAAAUCUAUUUAGGGUUUUAGGCAGCAACAGGCAACAUGGAGAUGAUGGUGUCUUGGAUGAAAGGGAUUCAAGUGAUGAGCUUGUGGAGGAUACUUGCAAUGAAGCAGUGGAGAUUAAGGAGUUUUCUGAGGUAGCUGAGGACGAAGAGGAAGCUCAUGGAGAAGGUGGAUCUCCAGAGACCAGUGAUGGAGAAAGAAACCCUAGAAGAAAGAUGACCAGUGGAGAUAAUUAUGAGUUUCAAGGUAGCAACCAUGGAAGUUCUGCAUUCUCUGCUCCCCUGCCUUUGAAGAUGGAGAACAAAGCUGAUUUGAUGAAGAACAGAAAGUCUCUGAAAAUUUUGGGAUGAGUAUGUGUUUUCUAACCAAUUAUUUGUUAGCUUUUAGAUCUGUGAAUCUUUUUUGGCAAUGGCAUUUGGUUUCAGUGUUCAAGAAUGUGAUUCUCUGUUUUGUUUUGACCUCAAAUAGAAGAGGCUUAUUGCUUUCUUGAAUCAUCCUUCUUUGAAGGAAGGUGUGAUGUUGUAAACUCCUGCUUCUGGAGUUUGUAGAGUUCUCCUCUUUCCCACUAACUUUCCUGUGUAGAAAUGAAGCCUCGGUUCCCAUUUGUUUCAGCUUCUUGCUGUAUCAUUUCCAUUUACUUCUGGAAUCAAUACCUCCUGGGUUAUUCUCACUAGUCUGAAAAAUAAUGAUCGCCAUACUUGAUCAACCACCAUGGGUCGGGGAUCGGGAUGUAGUAGUCGAAGGAACAAACUCGAAACUUAGAUAUCUUUGAACUUUGGAA